UCUGAGCGCUGCCUUUGCAGAUGCAUGUAGCACCAGGGGCUCUCACCAUGUGCUCAGGCUUGUCCUUGCUUUUGGACAGUUCCAGCUGCAACCACCCACCCCCUUUUUAAAAAACAACUGUUUUAUUUUUCCCUAGGAAACUUCAGCAGCUGGAUCUAAAGGCCAGAAAUUGGGAUCCAUUCUGCAGAUCAUCACCUGAGAGUCUUUUCUCCAUCCAAUGAAAACCUGCUAAGAAAUGGUCCUGCUCCUUGUACCUGUCCAAAUUCCCAGACAGGAAAGAACUGACCUGGGUAUGAGGAGAGCAGCUGAGUUGGCUUUCCAAGAGGAUGUCUGUCCAUGAAGAGCUAGAGGGCAAGUUUUCAGCCACCACCACCAUGGCCACGGAGGCAAAUGAAGGAAGCCCAUUCCAAAUCAACCCCAAUAUUUCCUACAAUGCCACCUGGGACAGUGCUCCAGCUGCCAGUUUGAUGGAGGACAUGAUAGCAACUUGCACUAUUGGAACCAUCCUCUCCAUCAUGUGCGUGAUCGGUGUGACGGGCAAUGUCUACACCCUGGUGGUGAUGUGCCAUUACCUGAGGUAUUCUGCCUCAAUGUACAUUUACAUCAUCAACCUUGCCUUGGCAGACCUGCUCUACCUGCUCACCAUCCCUUUCAUCGUUGGGACGUACUUCCUACAGGAAUGGUACUUUGGAGAUGUCGGCUGCCGCAUCUUGUUCAGCCUGGAUUUCCUCACCAUGCACGCCAGCAUCUUCACCCUGACAGUCAUGAGCACAGAGCGCUACUUUGCGGUGCUGAAGCCCCUGGACACUGUGAAGAGGUCCAAAAGCUACCGGAAAGCCAUUGCUAUCCUUAUCUGGGUGGUGUCUCUGCUGCUCACGCUCCCGAUGCUCAUCAUGAUCCAACUGGUGCAAAGAGACAGCAAAAGCAUCUGCCUGCCCACCUGGAGCAAGCUAUCCUACAAAAUCUACCUGACCAUCCUCUUCUGUACCAGCAUUGUGGGUCCCGGGGUGAUCAUUGGGUACCUUUACAUUAGACUAGCCAGGACCUACUGGGUGUCCCAAACAGCCUCUUUCAAACAGACAAAGCGGCUGCCUAACCAAAAAGUGCUAUAUCUCAUUUUCACCAUCGUGCUGGUCUUCUGGGCUUGCUUCUUGCCCUUCUGGAUUUGGCAACUCCUCUUCCAAUAUUAUGAAUCCUUCCCGUUGUCCCCCAAGGCGAUGAGGAACAUUAACUACCUGACAACCUGCCUGACCUACAGCAACAGCUGCAUUAACCCUUUCCUCUACACUCUGCUGACCAAAAACUACAAAGAAUACUUGAGGAACAGGCAGCGCUCUUUCAAUAGCAGCAGUGGCUACUUCCAGAGGAGGAAUCGAUUUCAGAGGAUUUCUGGGAGAUCCCUUUCCACGAGCAGUCAGCAUUGCACAGAGACCUAUGUGCUCACUCAUGUCCCUGCAGGAACCAACAGUGCCUGAAAGAAAAACACACCUCCAAGGGAAUCACCGUUAUUCAUUUCAGUGCUGAGUUUCUUGAAAGUGCAACAUGGGAAAGGCAAAGUCUUAGCAGAUUCAGAAUGUGUUAAAAUUGGGCAGAAAUUGUGCUGUCGCUCUCUGCACUCGCUUAUAUCCAGCACCAUUGAUUUGGUUGCUCACUCAAAGCUUUUCACUUUUUUCAUUUUUUUCCCUAUGCUAUGUUGGUGUAUUUCUCCCCCUGAAGCUGUAAUGAGACCCUGUAAUACUGGCACUUUUUAAAAUGAUCUCAGCUGUCACACAACAUUUAAAAUUAAGUUAUUGAAGUAUUGACUUAUUUUACUGUUGUUCUAAAAACACAAAUGCUGGGCUUGAGGAGCCAGGCUGUACAGCAAGUGAAAGCAGCGAAAUUAAAGAAAAA